AAACAGACAGCAAGAUGCGAUAGAUUUUUCGAUAGAUAGAUAGGCAGAUAGAUAGACAGGCAGGGGAAGGUUGCUCGGAUGAAUGUGUUGCCGGGGUUUCGAAGAUGCUCGCUCGGCGUUGGCUGGUUCUCUACACCGCGGCGGUAAUGUCCUAUUUUAACCCGGAGAGAGCGCUCGCUGCCCCGCAAGAUAACGAUGGUGUGGUCCAGUCCCGGGCCCCGCCCUUGUCUCCUCCCCCCUAUGUUGUGGUUCUGAUCUCGUGUUCCGGCGUCUUCUCAUUCGUCCUUCUGCUGCUGGCCUGUAUGUGCUGCAAGAGAGGAGGCGGCUUCAAUGAGUUUGAUAACACCGAGGGAGAGGAGUGUUCUGGGGGGGAGGGCAGCCCUGCUGCAGAGGAUAGCAGCUCCUCCCAGUCUCUCCCCGAGGUCUACAUCCUUCCACUGAGCCAGGCCAACCACCCCUCCAUCCAGAAAGGUGGGGGCCCGCAAGGGUUCAGUCGUCAGAACCUGAGCUACCUGCAGGAGAUUGGGAACGGCUGGUUUGGGAAGGUGAUCUUGUCUGAGAUGUUCUCCGAGCCCAGCCCAGCCCAGGCUGUGGUGAAGGAGCUCAGAGUGAACGCUGGCCCCCUGGAGCAGAGGAAGUUCCUGACUGAGGCCCAGCCCUACCGAAACCUCCAGCACCCCAACAUUCUGCAGUGUCUGGGCCUGUGCAGUGAGACCCUCCCCUUCCUGCUGGUCAUGGAAUUCUGUCAGCUGGGUGAUUUGAAGCGCUAUCUCCGAGCGCAGAGGAAAUCCGACGGCAUGACCCCUGACCUUUUGACCUGUAACCUGGCGACAUUACAGCGCAUGGCCUUUGAAAUUACAUCAGGCCUUUUACACCUGCACCAGAACAACUACAUUCACAGUGACCUGGCCCUCCGAAACUGUCUACUGACCUCUGACCUCACAGUCCGCAUCGGAGAUUAUGGGCUGUCACACAAUCACUACAAGGAGGAUUACUACCUGACCCCUGACAAGCUCUGGAUUCCUCUGCGCUGGGUGGCCCCUGAGCUGCUGGACGAGCUCCACGGGAAUCUGCUGGUCAUCGAUCAGAGCAAAGCGAGCAACGUGUGGUCUCUCGGGGUGACGAUCUGGGAGCUGCUUGAAUUCGGAGCGCAGCCUCACAGGCACCUCUCAGACGAAGAGGUCCUAACGUUCGUCAUCAAAGAGAGGCAGAUCAAACUAGCCAAGCCCCGGCUCAAACUGGCCCACUCAGACUACUGGUACGAGGUGAUGCAGUCCUGCUGGCUGCCCUCCUCGCAGCGCCCCCCGGUGGAAGAAAUCCACCUCCUCCUCUCCUCUCUCAUAGCAGCAGAGCGAGGGAUGGGAGCGGAGGAGGGAGUGGAGGAGAGUGACGAGAGCUUCGAGCAGCGCUGGGAUUGCCUCCGAGCCUCUCCUCUGAACCGCCCGCAGCAGAACAACAACCUGAACCCCGCCUCCUUCCCCUUGCUGGAGCCCGUGGGGAGCAACACCAGUGGCCAAACUUCCGUUACGAUUGACUUAGACGACAUCCUGACAGUCACCGAGACCAGCAAGGGGUUAAAUUUCGAGUACCUCUGGGAGCAAGCACGCCGGGGGCGAGGCCACCUCCCUAAGCCCCUCCCAUUGACACACCCACUCCCCAUCAUAAACCCCACCCACCACGGUCAGAUGACCACCAGAGCGCACAGCCGCCACAGCUUAGACACGCCCACCGUGGUGCCUGUCAUCAGCGCCCGAAGCCCGUCAUUGGCCAGCGAGUACUACAUCCGGCUGGAAGAACACGCCCCCAACCCCAACUCCCCACCCUCCACGCACCCUAACGGACUGUCUAUAGCCCCGCCUCUUCCAGAAAAGAGGCAUUUUAUUAAGCUGCAAACUUUCCCGUACGAGCCCCUAAGCGGUCAUUUUCCUGCUCAGUCCCCACCUCACAGCGGACCGCCCUUACCUCCCCCCUUCCCACCCCCGUCUUACCCUCAGUCUACCGAUUCACUGAAUGCCAGGAUGUUACCUGCUUCAGGUACUGCUGAGCAAGGAAGAAAACUUACAACGACAACAAACAGUGACCUAGAACUGACAGAACUGAAGACCAGAAGCAACCAUCUUGGGCAGACAAUGACUUCAACUGAAUCAGCAAAAAUACUGACCAGGAAGGCUGUCCCAGUUGAAAUAAUGACCAACAGUACAGUAGAAAUACUGCCCUUUGGGACUGGGUCGGUCAAUACAACCCCAAGAGACUAUGCAAUGGUCAAUAUAACUCCCGUCAACCAGUCUCUCUUACAAACUGAGCCUAAGCCAAGUGGACUGGUUGAAGUAAUGCCCAAUGAGUUGCCUUCAGAGAAAAGUGGUUGUUUGCCACCCAGUUUGCCCGAAAAGGGGCGUUUGCUUGACGGUUCUCAGCCCAAAAGUGGGUGUUUCCCGAUCCACUCUCCACCCAAAACGGAGGCUGAUCUUCCACAGUUGGCCCUGACCCGUCCCGCUAAAUCACGCGCAGAAGUAAAAGAAGUUGUAGUUUCAGAGUUAUAUUUGCAUUCCCGACCCCUCCCACCCCCACCCACAAACCAGCCAUUACUCCCUCAAUCUAAGACCGGAUUGGUUGGGCAGGAAGAACACAGAAAAGGCUCGGAACCAAAUUUGCCUUCCGAUUGGUCAGCCAGUGGCAGCGUUCCGGAAGUUUACGACAACAAAAGUUCUACGGAAGUUUUGAAGAAUUACAGAAACAGACUUCCGUCCUUCAGCGGUUCUGCCAGUCUGAGCGGCUCCUCCGAAUACACAGACCCCUUAAUGGGGGCGUCCAUUUCGAACUUUGACCUCUUGGCUUUCCAGCGGCAACGCAGGCCUCACGCUGUCCCUCCCUCUCCCUCUCUCUCCCCUUCUCUCCCUCCUUCUUCCCUUCUUCGGACCUCUCCCCCUCUUCCUAUGCCUCCCUCCACUCGUCCUCUACCUCCUCCUCUCUCCCCUUCCCUUCCUCCUCCUCUCUCCUCCCCUCCCCAGCUUCCUCCUGCCUACCAAGCUAAAAUUUCACCUACAACUAAUGACGCCCCUUUAAGAGUGACAACAAUGCAUGAUAAUAAAGACCAGAGCGUCAGUGAAGUAACAGCUUCCCUGGACAUUGCAUCUUGCCAUUCUCACCUUACAGAAAUUCCCAGUUGCCCUCUAAGUAUAAAGCCCAGCAAGUCUGUAUUGACUGAAAUAAUGACCACACAACAAACAACGCCCUCCCAGUCACUAAUUAAUGAAAUAACACCUGAAAGCUCAGAUAUAAUGUCUCUAUUUACUGAAUCGACUACCACAGAUCCUUUAUUAAAAGAAAAAAUGACUUCAAGUUCACUACUGGAGGAUAUAGCAUGCAAUAUCAUGUCCACAGACUCUGUUUUGUCCAACAAGACUUUUUUGACAGACAUGAUGUCCAGCGAGUCUGACUGGAUGACGUGCGACAAGACUUUUUUGACAGACGUGUCAUCCAGCCAGUCCGAAUGGAUGGACAUAAUGUCCAACAAGACGUUUCUGACAGACAUACCGUCCAACGACAUUCCACCCGACAAGCCUGAAAGGACAGAGAUUGUGUCUAGAGGUUUGACAGACAUUCAGUCUCAUGGUCCAGCAGGGGGUGUCCACAAGGACUUACCGUCAAGCACCCAAAUAACGUCCAGAAGCUCAACAGUUUUAACAUCCGCAGACACUGAACUAGAGUCAGAAAUUCUCCCUAAAGAGUCUGUAUUAACAGAGAUAACAGCCUCCUCUCUUGUGAACGAGAUGAGUCUCAGUAUCCCAGUAUCGACAAACACUGAGCCCACAGCCUCUGCAGAGACAGUAGUAGACACUACACUGAGAGAAAUAACAUCUGAAGACUUUGUAGCGACACCUAAAGAGCUUACAGAUCUAACACCCUCAAAUCCGCUUGCGAAUGCAAUGAACUUCAAAACAACACAGCACAGUUCUGUAACCGAACCCAGAGAGUUGGCAGACGUGAAACACUGUAUUCACACAGAUACGGGUUUGAAAGACGCUGUUCCAGAGGAGAUCACAGCCUCUCAAACACACGAUCCAAGCUGGGACAGACCUGCAGGGGCAGAGGCAAGGUGUCAAGGAUCUGUGGAAAUAAUCAUAACACCGUCAGGACCUGAGUCUGAAGACUCCGUAUUGUCUGAAAUCACUCAGAAAGAGUCUGUCAUUCCGACAGACUAUACACUGACAGAAGUAGCAUCCAGUGAUUUAGAACUGACAGCAGUUGAACAGAAAGACUGUGUAUUGACAGGUGUUAAUCCCAGCGAAGGUGUAUUGACAGGAAUUGAACCGAAAGACUGUGUAUUGACAGGUGCAGAGCACCAGUAUUCUCUCUCUCUGACUUCCUGCAAUUCCACACUGACAGAAAUUCUGCCCAGUACCCUUUUAUUGACUGAGGUCGCAGCCCACACCCCUGUCUUGGCAAAAUCACCACAAACAGACACUGCACUGACAGUGGCCAAGGACUCUGUAGAGGUACAGACUGGAAUCACUUCUGCACACUCGGCACUGAAAGCAAUGGAGCCCAAUGCCGGGACAGAAGCGACUGCAUUGGAAGGAACAGAACAGACCCUGGAGCUGGAAAUAUCCGAGCCAGAGAAGGAAACAGCGUCCGGCGAUGCUUCUUUGACCGAACUAUCCCUCCCGUUGAAAACAGCACUGACAGAUCUGCCCCUCUCACAGAUAUUGCCAUCAAACCAGUCUGAAACAGAGCCUGCAGACUCGCCUUACGUAACAUCAAGCCACCAUCCUGCCGCGGAAUCUCUCGGCUUGGAAGCGACCCCAUCAGAACAGUCAUUAACAAAAUCCCUUAACCUGUCUUUGACAGACGUAGCAUUCCCUAGCUUGACUCCCUCCCAGUCCCUCCUGUUUUCGGACAUCACCCCUUCAGACCAGUCCCUCUCCUUCCCAACCCCCACGGACUCCGGCUUCUCUCCUCUCUCCUCCUCCCUGGACUGCCUGACCCCUGCAGACCCCCCGGAGGGGACUGGGGGCUUCAGGAUGCUGGGAGCCGACACCCCCCAUCGCGACUCUGCCUAUUUCUCGGAUGGAGAGAACGAGACAGAAAAGGUGAGGAGUGGAGGGGUGUGGGGGCAGCAGCAGCCUCAGCAGAGAAUGAGAAAUGUGCCGGAUGAUUUCGGCCACUUAACAGACUUUAAAUACUUUAAGAUGGGAGAGCUCUAUCUUCCAAGUCAGCCUAGGAGACUGGAAGGGAUACUAGAGAACUUUGAGAGUGAGGAACUUGAAAAACAAGAUCUCCGGGACUUGGAGAACGAAGAAAGCAAAGGUCUACUCCAGAACUUCCAGAACAGAAACCAGGAACCGAAAGUGCUUGGGAACUUUAAGAACACUGUAAUCGAGAAUGAUGGUGAUACUCAUGCAGGGCAGGUAGUGUCUGAUAAGGUCUGCAAUUCAAACAAGUUAGAGACGGUAGAUGAUACAGUCAGAAGGAGCGCACCCCUCCAGGGGCUGCUGAAUCGAGAUUCAAAGAAUCUCGUAGAUCCUGCUUGGAAUGUGCAUGAGAGCUUCGAGAACAAGGGUUCUAAGUUCUGUGAGGACAUGCUCCCAGAGGAAAUUGAAAACACCUUAAUAGCCAACUUUGUCACCAAAAGUCCGGAUCCAAAAAUGGAGAUAAGGGAUUCUAGAGUGUUAGACAUCCGAGGUUCUAGAGUCUUGGAGAGCAGAGGUUCUAGACUAUUGGAAGGUUACGGACAAAAACGACUUGAAGAUGUUGAGCCAUCUAGAGAUGUCAGGAACACGGAUCCUGCAUUCCAAGACAGAACAGAUUCCAGACAGGACUCUGACAUCAGGAUACCAGAACACAGCUCGCUCCAGAACUGCAGCAGUGCGUAUUCUAACAACAAUAGCACCAAUUCUGAAACUUCAGAAGAGACUAAAUACCUAGAACACAGCCCCUUCUGGAACUUUGAGAGCAAAAGUCUAGAAGUCAGCUCAUUUCAGAAUGCUGGUGAAAGUGAAAUGAAGGAUCCUCAAGAUCAGAGCUUACUCGAAAACAGAGAUCCAGAGCGAGAUUCACUCGAGAACUUUGAAAACCUGGAGAUUUUGUGUCAGAAUUCACUUGAGAACUUAGAAAUGAUCUCUGGGACGAGAGAUCCUGAAUUCAAGAACAGAGAUUCCAGUAGCUCAGAGAUGAGGAGUCUAGAGCAGAACUUACUUGAGGGCUCUGAGAAAUCACACAUGAAAGAAAUAGAGCUCUUUGAGAAAGGGGCUCAAAAUGCCCUCCAAAACUCCAGAGAUCCAAAACACGAGAGCAAAAAGAUUGAAGAGAACCGGCCUGAAAAUACUCAGAACUUAGAAACGCAUGAUUCCACCAUUCGGAACACAAAGACCACGGAGCAAAGUUCACCGCCAAGAUCUGAGCUGACCGGAGUGGACGACAAGAGAGGCCUUCCAGUAUCAGAUCAGGGAUCAUUGGACCGGAAGAGAGGUCAAAGGUCAUUGUCCAAAAAACAGGCCAAGAAUGGACUGAUGAUGCAGGUGUGUGAGGAAAGGCUUCAGUUCUCGCUGAGAGAGAAUGUGAACCGUAACGUCCUGUCGGGUGGAUGCGUGACAGAGAGGGUUGAACUGAGACCCUGGGGUCAUCCAGGGUCAGUGCCCGCCCUACCAGCCAAGGAGAGGGCGAGCGAGAAGGAGGGAGAACUGCCCGACAGCCUGAGAAAUCAGAGUAGCGAUUGCCUCGAACCUACAGCCAACGACAUUGCAGAAGACCAUAGAACAAGCCGUAAUGAUGACACAGUGAGUGCACCUGAAGCAAAGGAGGCUGGGACAUUGGAGGAGCCACCAGCUGAUGACAUCACCAAUGGGCCACCAAAGCUCCCGAUUGGCCCAGAUCCUGAGACCACACCUCCUCAACCCCAGCACAUCCAAUCAAUGAAAGCGAAGCUAGCCCGUCUCUCUCUCUCCCUCCCCCCGCUCACCCUCGACCUCUCCCUCACCACCAGCCCCAAGUCCUUGUGGGGGCGGGAGCAGGACGAGGAGGAGGGGCCUGGGCACGGGGCAGGAAGUGACCCGGAGGACGAGGAGGAUGGAGGGGCGGGGCCUGUGAUCGUCGUCACGGAGACGGAGACGGACAGGCGGCACAGCCUGCGCAGCCUGUUGAAGUCUCCUCGCUCGCUUGAGGAGCAUGCUGAGAGAGAGAGGGAGAGGGAGAGGAGGCGCAAUGUGUCAUUCUUUGAUGAUGUCACCGUCUAUCUGUUCGACCAGGAAAUCCCCACCAAUGAGCUCAGUUCUGGCUCUGCCCCGACAAGCCCCUCCCCUUCCUAUGAUGCAACAGGAGAGUCUGGCUCCAAUGCCUUCCUGGAUGACGGAUUGGGUGGCAGCAGCCUGCAGUGGGAGGAUGAGUUUCCAGAGACCAAGGAGGCAGAGCCUGAUCUGAUCACAUCGUCCCGCUUCACUGUCAUCCCAGCCGAGGACCCGCCCACUCUGACCGAGACAGGGCAACCGAACUGAACCAUCCCUGACCUGCAGAUAAUCCAGGAGCCGGUUCAUCCUCCUGACUGCGGAUCUCCAGGCUUGUCUCAAAUUCUUUCAGAGAUUGUAAAAGAAGAA